AGGAGACGAAACUGCGCCCUCACCCCCGCGCAUGCGCUGCCCCUCAAAUAAAGUGGCACCUGGAGGCCCGGGCUGCGGGCCCUGCGCAUGUGCGCCAAGCUCAAUGACAACCAAAGCUUUCUAAGGGUGCUGGGGCUCAGCAUGUUCCGGGUAGCCCGAGCAGCCUGUGGGGCCGGGUGGUGGGGCUGCCCCCGGCCCCCACUGAGGCCCUGGGCCCUCGAGGCUGCCUCUCGGCCGCACACCUCCCUGACCACCAAGAUGGGAGAGUAUCGGAAAAUGUGGAACCCCACGGAGCCCCGGAACUGGGCCGAGCAGUAUAAGGAACGCUUCAUCCCCUUCUCCAAGGACCAGUUACUGCAGCUCCUCCUGCAGGAGUUUCAUUGCAGCCCCUCUGCCAGGGCAGAGCUCCUGGAGUUCUCGUCCCGGGUUGACCUGUGCAUCCUGUACCAGUAUAACCGCACCCUGACCCAGCUGCAGGCACUGUACCACCCCAUCAACCCAGACCGGGAGACCCUAGAGCAGCCCUCCCUCACCAAUCCCCAGCGGCUGGCCAACGAGCAGGAGGUCCUCAGGGCCCUGGGGCCGCUGCUGGACCAAGCCAACUUCUCGGAGCUGUCAGAGGAUGCCCUGGCCUACGCCCUGGUGGUCCACCACCCUCAGGACGAGGUUCAGGUGACUAUCAACCUGGACCACUAUGCUUACAUGCAGUUCUGGGCCCUGGGCCAGCGAGUGGGGCGGCUCCCCCGAAAGUCCAUGGUGGGCUCUGAACGAGGCUUCUUCACCAAGUCCGUUCCUGCGGAGCGGCGUUACUUUAAGCGGGUGGUGGUGGCCGCCCGCACCAAGCGGGGGCACCUGGUGCUGAAGAGCUUCAAGGACACCCCCCUGGAGGGGCUAGAACAGCUCCUCCCUGAGCUGAAGGUGCGGACGCCCGCCCUGCAGCGGGCCCUGCUCAACACCACGCUCCUGGUCUCGGGCCUGGUGUUCUUUGUCAACGUGGGCAUGGUGGUCGUCUCUGACCUCAAAGUGGCCACCUCCCUGCUGAUGCUGCUCUUUGCUAUCUUCAUGGCACACCGAGCCUCCAAGAUGUUCGGCCAGCACCGGAACCUGCAGGCCCUGGAGCUGGCUCACAUGCUGUACUUCCGAAGCACGUCCAACAACUCGGAGCUGAUCUCCGCCCUGGUGCUCCGGGCACAGGAGGAGCAUGCCAAGGAAGUCCUGCUGGCCCACAGCUUCAUGGGGCGCCGAGAGCCCGGGCCCCCCGAGGAGAGUGCCAGGUGGCUGCAGAACUCCGUAGAGGCCUGGCUCCUAGCCCGGACCGGCUGUGAAGUGACCUUCAAUGGGGCCCGGGCCCUCAGCCACCUUGAGGCCCUGUCCCGAAACACGCCCCCUGAUGUCUGCGAAAGCCCUAGCCCCUCCUGGACCGCCCAGCUUCAGAGACCCCUGGAACCUCCCGGGACCCAGCCACGCAGGGAAUGAGCUUCCUGUCAUCUCUCUGCCCACCUGAGCUCCUCAGGUUGUAGUCCUGGCCCCACAGGCUUCCAGGAUUACUGAGACUUUCAGCUGAGGGCCACCCUCUUUCCCAGGGAUGAGAAGGAAGGCCACAGGGAUGGAGGGGCACGGGACCCUGGGAAAGGCUGGAGGAGCUUCUCCCUGUGGCCCUGGCCUUUUGGGAAGGGAGCAGGGACCGCCUCCCAAUGCCCGUGCCUUCCCCCCAGCCUGAUGUUCAUACCAACUUCUGCCAAUGCUACCUCUGGUUCCAUCCCACCUACAGUUCCUCCAUGUGCAAUACCGAUCCCUGUCCUCAGCCUCCGGCUCCCCAAAGAAAUAAACCCUGUUUACACCUCUCAGUGUGUGGGGCCCUGAGGGGGCAAGACUGGCUGAGCUGAGCAGCAGGGGGGCUGGCCCCUGGGUGUGGCUGCUGGUGUGCCCGGCCUCCCUUGAAAGACUGGUCUGGUCGUGCCCUCCCAGAACCUCAGUAUGGAGCUGGCUGGAGGCAGAGAGCAGGUGUCUCCUCCCUUCCCCCAGGAGUGCUCUGCAGCUGGGCUUCUCCUCUGCCCUGUGGGUGGGACCCCUGCCCCCAGAGGGGAGCCCCUGGUGUAGCAGGCACAGAACUCACACCUGCCCGAUAGAGAGGUUACAAAGCACUUUACUUCAUGGAUCUCAUUGAUCAGAGCUAUGGCUCUCCCAUUGAAGAGGAAGGAGCUGGGGCCCAGAGAAGGCCCCCAAGUCUCGGGGCUCCCACUGCGUAGGCUUGUCCCCACAGUUGGUGCCCUCGGCCUCGGGAGAGAAAGUGACUUCCCCGCGGUCAGAGGGCCAGGAUGGAAGCCAAGGCUUCUGCCUCCUCCCAAUCCAAUGUGAUCAAAGGCUCAGAGCCCAGAGAGGCCCCACGAGGGGCCUUGGCAAGGACCCUGUUAGGACAGAGGUGUCAGAGCUGGGGGAGAAGGGAGGGAAUAAGCAUUAAUAGGGCACUUACUGUGUGCAGGCACCGUGCUAAUGACACUCGAUCCUCACAACUCUGGGAGGAAGGCACUAUUAUUAUCCUUAUUUUGCAGUGGAGGAAACUGAGGCAAGCAGAGGUUAAGUGACUUGCCCAGGGUCCCACAGCUAGUAAGUACCUGAAGCUAGAUUUGAACUGAGGUCUUGCUUCCUGACCCAGGGACCGGCACCUGUGCCACCAGCUGCCUGAGUCAAAGCACUGAGUGUCGGGGCAGGAAGUGUAUGUCAAAGGGGCUCGGCCAGAGGAAGGAGGAAGCAGGAAGCAUGUUCUGCUCCCCCAUUCCACAGAGGAUGAAACUCAGAUGCCAGGGUCAGGACCUGCCCCUUGGGGCAGGGUAGCUGGGGAGGCCUUGCUGCUGUCUCACUGCUUAGGGCCUGUGAGCCAGGGCCAGCUGGCCGGGGGAGGGGAGGUCACUCUCGUUUCCUCAGGUGGAUGUAAAUGAUGCCGCUAGCCAGCGCCAGGGGAAAUGCCACCCAGGCUAGGGCGAAGCAGUAGCCAAAAGAGCCGCCGGGAUGAUGGAACUCCUUGACGUGUAUGGCAUAGAUCAGGGCCCCGGUGAAUACUGACACACCUGAGGGAGGAACAGAGGGAGUUAGGGCAGUCCCCUUCCCACUGGCCUCCCCCAACCUGUCCCAGAGACCUCCCUGUAGGCUCCGAGGCACUUACUGGUGCAGAGCUGGCAGAGGCCGGUGGCGUAGAAGAGCUCCCCUCGCUUCAUGUUGUAUAACUGGAACAUGAAGAGGAUGAAGGACAGGCAGCAGAACACCAGGGACAGCACCAUGAGGCCCUGUACGGCCUUCAGCCAGCCUGGGGAUGGAGAGACUGAGCCACCCCAGGAGUCCCCUUGCCACACCUUCCCUGCUCAUCUCCCUUAGACUGGAAGCUCCCUGAGCCCAGGGACUCUGGGCCAUUUUGUAUUUGCAUUUUUCUUGUCUAGCAUAAUGCUGGGCAUGUUGUAGGUGUUUAAUAAAUGCUUUUUUCAUUCAUUCAUUCAUUCA